AUGUUAGCAAAGGUCAAGCUCAUAGAUCGAUCGAUCAUCGAUCUACACAAAAUGUAUGGAAAGCUCGUCCGUACAGCUCCCAAUGUUGUCGAUGUAUCUGAUCCAGCGAUGAUCCCGGUCAUCUAUAACGCGAAGGGAAACUUCAAGAAGACAGCAUUCUAUACCAUGGCAGUGUUUUACUGGAACAAGAAGCCUCAAAUGAAUUCUUUCUCGAUGACAGAUGAAGUAGCGCAUAAAGAAGAACUCAAGAAAAUCGCCAAUGCAUUCAGUAUGACCAGCCUCCUGGAGCUCGAGUCAGGUAUCGAUUCCUGCUCCAAGUUUUUCAUGGAAAAACUGCACCAAGUUGCUGGGGGAGGCGAGCCUGUGGAUCUUGGCGUCUGGUUACAAUACUAUACAUUCGAUACAAUGGGCGAGAUAACAUUCGGCAAGAAAUUCGGCUUCUUGGAACAAGGCAAGGAUGUCGACCGCACCAUGAAGGCUAUCGAUAUUACAUUGACAUACAAUGCAAUCAUUGGUCAAAUACCUCUUGCACAUAAAUUCCUGCUCGGUAUACCAGGUCUGGCAUACAUCAUUCCACAAGUCGAAACCAUGAACACAAUCCUAAACUUCACACUCAAGGCCAUUGCAUCGCGACCAUCGCCCUCCCCAAUGUUCCACAACGCCUACAGUGAUGCCAAGUUCCCAUCAGCCCCAGCUGGCAAAGACAUGCUCUCACGGUGGACAUCCGUCCCCACCACCUCGCCGAUCAAAAUGACCAAACGAGACCUCAUCGCACAUCUCUCCUCCAACGUCUUCGCCGGCUCGGACACAACCGCCAUCGCACUCCGCGCAGCAAUCUACUACCUCUGCAAAGACCCUACCCACAUGGCAAAACUGGUAAGCGAAAUCGACACUGCAGCAUCUAUAGGCCAACUCAGCGAUCCGCCUUCAUACAGAGAAGCUUCCAGACUCCCUUAUCUGAAUGCCGUAAUCAAAGAAUCCCUCCGUAUCCACCCCUCUGUCGGCCUCCUCCUGGAGCGGCACGUCCCAGCCGGAGGAAUCACAAUAUCCGGACACUUCAUCCCCGCAGACACGAUCAUCGGGAUCAACGCCUGGGCGUUACACUACGACGAGAACGUCUUCCCAUCACCUGAGAAAUUCCUGCCAGAACGGUGGAUUGAGAGUAGUGAAGUGAGGUUGAAGGAGAUGGAGAGGAGUUUCUUUGCGUUUGGGGCGGGGAGUAGGACUUGUACGGGGAGGAAUCUGAGUUUGCUGGAAAUGGUGAAGGUAUUGCCGUGUUUGGUGAGAGAGUUUGAUGUUAGGCUUGCCGACGAAGGGAAGGAGUGGAAGGUAAGAAAUAUGUGGUUUGUGCAGCAGGGUGGAUUAGAGUGUGUUCUGACGCCGAGGAAGAGGUCUUGA